UCAACUUCAUAAUUAAGCAUUUAAAUUGCGUAAUUAAAUCACGAUUUAUAGAUAGCGUAGGUGUGCGUGUCGAGUCCCCCAAAUCACACAAAAUAUCCAAUAACCUUGCUCUUUGCCGGUGGUACAACAAUUGACCUACACGAAAGUAACUUUUCAAAAACGGUCAAAUCUCGCACACAUCGAAAAUUCAAAUAGUAAUCUAAUCAACAGAUCAAUAAACUCCGCACAACACCUGGGAUCGCAAUGAAAUAAAAUAAAAGAAACGAAUCAAAGUAAAUUAAACGCUCACGAGUAUUUCUCGACUUGAUAGGUCAGCGCCAAAGCUGGGGGAGAACGGCGUUAGUUAUUGACCCAGUUUCGACCAAUUCGUUAAUCUUAUUUCUUUCGUUUUCAUUUGGCGAUCAUGUUUACUUGCUGAUUUUGCUCAUUAGAUGCUUGGCAGAUUGUUACGCGCACCGAUAGUGACAAGACGCAUUGCACUUUCCGACAUGUUACUCAAAGAACUCAUUGUUUUAACAAUUAUUUGGACGUUUGGAAAAUGUGGCCACUACAUAAUUCCAGGAGCGAUGCCUUACGAUGGUUAUCAUGAUUUACAUCUACCACAUGAUCCACCAUUGUAUCCAACUUUGUGGAAAGUACCACAGACGAAGUUUACAUGUGACGGUAAAAUCAAUGGAUAUUACGCCGACGUUGAUGCUGCUUGCCAGGCAUAUCAUUUAUGUGAGCCUAAUCAUAGAGCUUCGUUUCUCUGCACCAAUGGCACACUAUUCAACGAGCAAUUUCAAGUGUGUGAUCAAUUCUACAACGUGAGAUGCGGCUCACCAUACAUUGACUUGUAAAAUUGACUACAUGUAUAAUAAUUUAUUUAAUAUUUAUUAAAGUGAAGCUUGGUGAAGAAAAUCACAACAA